CAAACUCUCAUUGAGGACACGGUUGAAGCGUCAGACGCACCUCGGUUCCGUGGCGAUCAUUGUUGCAUCUGCAUCUAUUAGUGCUGCUGUUCAUAAAUCCCUCGUUCUUUUUGUUUGCUAGUCGCUCUCUAUCCAGGAACACUUUUCAAGGAUUUCAUCUUCUCUUUCCUUCGACCCAAACCCCUAGUCGCUGAUCCCUGACAUCACCCACCUGCCCACAUACGACUUGUAUCACCAACACCUACUCCGAGAUUCCCGCUAUUCCCCCUCGUCGAUUCCAACCGGGUCAGCAACACACACACACACACACACACACACACACACAAAUGAGCAAACGAGGCUCGCGAUCCAAGAAUCGUGGCUCUGUACUCCGAGAACAGGGCUCGACCGACUCUCUCAAGGAAAAGAAGAACGGCGAUGCGAACACGACCGCGACCAUGAACGGCGUCAUUCUGGAACAUCGGCGCAAGCAUACUUCUUUUGAUAGCACUUCACCCUCAAGUCAAGCUGCAUCGCUGAUGGGCAAUCCCAACUUCUCCCUCGAUGACGAAGUACCCAAGCUAGGAGAGGAGGACGAAGGACCAUCCAAGGGCUUUUUUGAACUUUCAAAGAAGGACCAGAGCAACUUCUUGUUGCUGGUUCUGUUGUACUUUCUCCAGGGUAUACCCAUGGGUCUGGCGCAUGGCUCCGUGCCGUUCCUCUUGAAACACAGUGUCUCCUAUGCGGCGAUUGGCGUCUUUUCGCUUGCCGCGUACCCAUACUCAUUGAAACUUCUCUGGAGUCCAAUCGUAGACGCGGUCUGGUCACCUACCAUUGGCCGUCGCAAGAGCUGGAUCCUGCCGAUUCAGACAAUCUCUGGGUUUUCUAUGAUUUGGCUGGGCAAGAACAUUAACCGCAUGAUGAAAGAGGCUGGCGAGACAGACAGCGGGGUGUGGAACUUCACAUGGUGGUGGUUCGCGCUUGUGUUCCUCUGCGCCACCCAAGACAUUGCUGUAGAUGGCUGGGCACUUACUCUUCUCUCAAAGGAGAAUCUCGCAUACGCCUCUACUGCGCAAACCGUCGGCCUAACCGCAGGUCAAUUCCUCUCGUACACUGUAUUUCUGGCCUUUAACUCGAAGGAUUUUGCGAACAGGUGGUUUCGCAGCACUCCCGCAGAAACGGGCAUCAUGGAGCUAGAUGGCUACCUCAGCUUCUGGGGCUGGGCCUACCUGAUUGUCACCUUCGGAUUGGCAGUCAUGAAGCGCGAAGACCGCGACAGGAACGGUGACGGCAUUGGAGAGGUCUACCGCACUAUGUGGGGUAUCCUCAAGUUAAAGAACAUUCAAAGCUUCAUCAUCAUCCACCUCAUCGCAAAGAUUGGAUUCCAGGCGAACGAUGCUGUCACGAGUCUGAAGCUCUUGGAUAAGGGCCUAAAGCAGGAGCAGUUAUCACUCGUCAUCCUGGUAGACUUUCCCGUUGAGGUCUUCUUGGGCUACUACAUUGGCAAAUGGUGCCAGACGUAUCCUCCCAUGCACAUUUGGUGCUGGUCGUUUGUUGGACGCCUGGUCGCUGCAGGGUUUGCGCAGUUUGUUGUUUCGAUUUUCCCAGCCGGAGGUGCAUCGAGCGGAUUCCUCCUACUCGUCAUUGCGGAGCAUGUGCUCUCGACCUUUAUGAAUACAGUCAUGUUUGUCGCCGUCAGCGCCUUUCACGCUAAGAUCUCUGAUCCGUUGAUCGGCGGUACAUACAUGACUCUUCUCGCCACUGUCUCGAACCUGGGUGGAACAUUCCCACGCUACUUUGUCCUCAAGGCAGUUGACAUGUUCACCUCGGCAACUUGCAUGCCGCCUGCUGGUGGGCUCAGGGCUGGCCUGAAAGGACCCCUCGUCACGCAGCCUUUCUCAUGCGCCGUUGAAGGCGAAAAGCAUCGGUGCAUUGAAGGAGGAGGCGUGUGCAAUGUCACAACGGAUGGAUACUACAUUGUCAACAUGCUAUGUAUUCUGAUUGGAGUAUUGACAUUCUGGGGAUAUAUCAAGCCCGCAGUGAUGAGGAUACAGGCGUUGCCGUUGCGCGCAUGGAGAAUUGCUGGAUAGAGGCCUGCGGACACAUGUAUUAUGUAUGUAAGGCAUAGAGUUAGAAGUUGUUGUGGAAUGGAUGCACCCUGCAAAAUUGCUGAACGUGUCUCCUCGACUGCGACAGUCAAUGC